CCCGGCUCCGCUUUCUUUAACUGCCGCCAGAGGGCGGUUAGCCCUGCACUGCUGGGAGGCGAAAGGAAAAAAAGAUGGAGUGGUCCAAACUGCGCACCUAUGCCCGACGGAGACAGAAGACUGUGUACUGCUCCUCCCCCGUACCAGGGGUGGCUGUAUCGGUUCCCCAAGGCAGCAGAAAAGCCAGUACCCUCCAGCCCUGCCGACGCCUCUUCCAGUCCCAUGCCCAAAGUGCAAAGGGAAAUCCCAAUGUGAAAGCCUUACCAAAAAUCAAAGAAAACUCUGAAGUGAUCAAAACAAACAGCUCAUCUAAUCAGAGUGAUCAAUUAAAUGAUGAGAAAAUUACAGGUAUGGAAGAAAAUGAAGACAUCGGGGAAAAAAGCACUAUGCCGUUGAGGGAAUCUCUGCAUAUCAACUCUGAAAGUAAAGAAAGUUUGAGAAACAGUGAAACUACUUCAGGAAUGACUCUGCCUACAGGUGUCUCUACCUUUCUACUGCACUGUUUGGACAUGGAUUCCAGUACAGAGUCUACUGAUAGCAUGAAUAGUUGCCCAUCACCUGAAAUAUUCAGGGAUGAAGACAGUUUAGACAGAAAUAAUUCCAAUCCUGAGGAGUUUCUCAAAUAUAAGAAUUCUACUCUCCUGGACACCAGCAAAGCAGUGACCAUAGAUAAGAUGCCACAGCUUUCAAAUCUUUCAGAGAUAUUAGAGCCCAUAUCAGAGGGUCAUCAACACCAAAACAUUGGGAGAGAGUCACCAUCAAAAUGCAAUAAAGAUUCUUCUGACUUGAUGAGUGUUUCAACAGUUGUAGCAGGGAAACAAGUGUGUAAAUUUGUGCCUACUAUGGAAAAAACUCCGGAUAUCAAAAUCAGUACAUUCUCUUCAUUACCUACAAGACCAAAGAGACAGCUUGAUAACCAAACCGCUAAUCCUAAAAACAUGAAGUGCCGAAAAAAAGUAAAAUUCAGCAGCCUGUUAAAGAGUGAGACAUCUUCAUGCCAUCAGCUUGUAUCUCCUGCAGAACGUAUUUCAACUAAAUCAUAUGAAUUGGCAGCAGAAGUGCUGCCAUCCAAACAACCAGACAUUGAGAUGGAAAUUAAUUCUAAAGUAUUGAUCACAGAAAAAAAUAGACAAUUGCUAACAAGCACAGCGUACUUUCAGCCAGAAGAAUUAGAGAUGUUAUUACAAGUACCAAAAACUGGAUCUACAGUGACCAUGGAUGAGCUCUUUGGUUUUCUUCAGGAGUCCAAUGAAAGAAUUAAAGAUCCCACUGUAAGGGGAAGAAGUAUAUGAUCACGAUAUAGAAGAGGAGGCUCACAGAAGUGUAACUUGCAUUGCAUAGUGUAGUCCAUUAUCUAUAGAUGUCAGUUGUUGAGGCAUCAUUUGAAAUAGUGUGUUCAUACAUGCCUUGCAGGAAGUUCUUAAUGAUUUGUUGAAAAAAAUUGUACAAAUAAGUAAUAUUUUGACUCGGGCAGUGUUCUCCAGGUGCACCAUCUAUUCAAUUAAUUAAAAAAUUGAUUAAAUUGUAUUAAAUAGAAACAUUUGGAUUGAUAUGCCAACUUGCUAAUAUUUAUAAAGAAAAUUAUGAAAACUUUAAAA